AUGCUCGAGCAGCUGUGCGGCUCAUCAUGCUCUAGCGAUGAAACUUUCACCAUACGAAAGGGAGCCGUCGUCGUGAUAGGAGACCGUCUCGCCAUCGGUCAAUGGUGCAUCCCAAGGCUGCUGAGGUUCGUGAAACAGAACCUGAACGAUUGGGCCACAUGUCAGGAUUCUUCGAAUGUGAAGCAGCUCAUUCAUCUGACCCGCGCACUCCUCCUCAUCGUUGCUGAUCACGCGACAGCAUGGAAUCACAGGAAGCGAAUGAUAAGGGGAAAGCAUAUCGAACUUCUGCACGAAAUAGACUUCAUAAACCUUGUCCAAACCAAGUUCCCCAAGAGUCAGGAAGUUUGGUCACACCGGAAAUGGGUUGUUGCAAACAUGUUGAAGAGCACAGACGAUGUAGAAGAUUUCCUUGAGAAAGAGAUCCAAGCAACAGCUCGAGCUGCGACUCUUUACCCCAAGAACUACUACGCUUGGACGCACAGGUACUGGGUCACUACUCGAAUGCAGUCAGUGCCCGAAUGUGAAGCGAAGGCCGAAGACGUUCGCAGAUUCUGCAGGCUGAAUGUCUCAGACUCAGCUGCUCACAGCUUCCGGACUUCUCUGCUCGCGUUUCGUGCGUACAGAUGGCUGGAGGACGGGCAACGACGCGACGAACAUAUGGUGGACAUGAUCCGAAACGAAUUGAAUCACUGCAUCACAACACUCGAUCAGCAUCCUGCCCAUGAGUCUGUCUGGAUCGCCUUGCAAGGGGUGCUUCAUGUCUGCGGGCAAUGCCUCGUUGACGAGAGAGUGAAAGUUAAGAUCAUACCGACGAUCUUUCUGCCGUUGGUCGGAAGUAGCGACCUGAUGGAGGAGCUGCGGGCAUGGGAGCUUUUCCUGCGAGACAGCAAGUCCUCCGCGUCCUCCUCGGGCUCGCAAGGCAGCAAGUGGCGAGCAAGAGACCUCUUGUUGGCCUGGGCCCUCCAGUUCGCAAGGUCGCACGUGCAUUUUGAUGAUCCGACUGCAACAGACAACUCUCAUGCACUGAGGUUUGCCGCUAAGACGCUGAGCAAGGUGGACCAGCAGAAUCUCCUCUCCUCCCCGCACGAGAAGCCCGUUGAAGCUGUUCUUCACCUCAAGGCCGAAAUCCUCCGUCUGCUGAUCUGCGUUUGCCCCAUGCAAGAACAAGCUUGGCGAUCCAUGGCUAACUAG